GAGAAAAUAGUCUGCGAAUACGAUGACGGGCUUCACAGUGCGUGCGUUCACUUUAUAAGAAUUUGUUUCACCGACUCCAUCAAUUAUAUUCGAAAAAACAGUGAAGAACUCAUCCUCUAACAAUCAGUCGACAGUAUUUGAAUACGCACGUUGAAAUGCAGAACAUUAACCAGCAAACGAAAUUGGUUUGAAAUCAUUGCACCAUCCAAAAAUUACACUGGUUUGUUGUAUGUAUAAGUCGUAAUAACGGGAAAUUCAGUUCAACGCAAAUAAAAGAACAACAGAAACAUUCUAAAAUGCCGUUCGGAGAAUCUGUUUGGUGUCGAAUGGUAAGCUUGAUGCUAAUCGUUCAGCUACCGUUGUUCGCAAGGGCUGCAUCGACAGGUGUGACAAAUGUUACGGCUAAAGCCAGUGAGGAUAGACCAGCCAUCAAAGAUUUGCUGGACGAGAAUAAACUAGAAUUUUUACGGUGGUGUGACAGCAAAAAUUCCACCGAAGAAGACAAAAUCACCUGCAAUGUUUAUCGGGAUCUCACAAUCUUAUUGGUAAAAGACCACAACGUGACAUUGGAAUUAGUCAAAGAGGUAUUGGAGAAAAAAGAUUUCACGAACGAAAAUUUUUGUAAAAAUCUGUCAAUGACAUUGGAAGUUUUUGGGGACACAAAUCAUCCGACAUCACAACAGCGAAAUAUAUGGGAACCUCUGAACCGACCAGACAUUUGCAUAAAAACAUGCUUUUAUCUGAAAAAUUAUGAAAUGAUUCUCAAACCAAUAUGCCGUGUGCUACUGUGGGAAUUUCAUCAGCUCCAGUCGACGGAUCCCACAAGGACAAACGAUUCGGUUACUGUACCAAACAGUGUAGUUGAACAUGGAGAAAAUUCCACGCUAACAAACUCAAAUUCAAAUCCAGAUAAUAAAACAAAAUCCGUUCCAUCGUCCGAUCCGAGUGGUUCAGCUAAACCUGUAGAGAUUGAAAAAAUUAUUUCAGCAGAAUUGGUUCCCAAGAAUUCGAGCGCUCCGAAGCAAUCAACCAGUAUUCCGGUGAAAGGCGACCAAGAAAAUUUAGAUGAGAAAGAAAAACUCAAUGAUGCAAACCUACCGGUUAACGCUGGGGUACAGAAAAAGGAUCCACUUGGUGGUGCCAACAGUAUUCCGAAAGAGUCAGUAGAUCCACCGUCGAGAGAAUAUGCUGGCGCGGAUCAGGAAAACCUGGUUGAUGAGAUAGAAAAGUUCAACGAAUCAAACAUACAGGGUAUCAACGGGUCCCAGAAAAAGGAUCUGUUCCAAGAUGUCCUCUCGCCUGGUGACACGAAUGGCGAUGAAAAUACGAUUUACGACAGCGAGGAAAGUCUACGGGAACAAGCGGACGACACCAUAGAGGAACCAAACAAAGAGGAGCCAAUUCCAGUGCAGCAGCACAGUAAGCAAGAACCGGAUGGAAAUGUUCUGGCUGAAGUACAAAAGGAAGAACUUCGCGAUGAUCCAUUUUUCGAAGAAACGGACUCAAAUUUCUUUUCGUAUUUCUUGUUCGUAAUGUUUGCCUGUAUCGUGUGCUAUGUUGCGUAUCAUAACAAAGCAAAGCUGUUCGCACUGGUUUUGGAAGGCCGACGAAAUAACUCCGGGCGAGGUGGUUUCAGCAAAGGCCGGAAACAUACAGCCGCAUAUCGAAAGCUGGACUCAAAUUUGGAAGAAGCAAUAACGUCCAGUGCAACGGGAAAUAGUCGAUCGACGUCACAAAUAAUUUACUAAGUUGUGAAAAAUAGGAUAAAACACGGAACGCUAGGGUGAUUCAUACAGUAGAUUUUUCGUUGGCAUUUUACUGCAUAGACAUUUUAGACGCUUUUUUUUCCUCGAUUAGGUAAAACGCCACUAUCAUCAAUGCAUACGAUUGGUUUUCUUUGGGUUGAGUCUAGCCAGAAACGAUAGUAGUUGUCACAUUAAACACGUAAUCUAGUUUAUUCACACAUUCAAACCAUUUCCAAAUAGCUUUUAAUGAACGCCUAAAAUAUGAAUGAUUUAAUUUUUUGGUAGAAUGCUGCACAAUCACUUUCCUACAUUGAUAAAAUUAGAAGAAAUUCAACAACUGUUUGUAUGCGUUAGUUGAUGUACCGUGAAAAUUCAAUAGUAACACAGAAUACAAAGUAUAUUAAACUUGAGAAGAAGCAUGCUGCUGGUAAACCAAAUGUUUCCUAGGCAAUCAUCGUACAGUGCAUAGCUAAGUCUGGUAGUUCAAUCUGCUCUCUUUAUUUUUUCGUUUUACUUUCGAACACUACAAACCAUCUAAUGACAUUUGAAGUAAGAGUGUAAGAUUUUUCUGACUAUAGAUGUUGAGCUUAUCGAUUUAGCAUAUGUGAUAAUGAUCUUCUUUUUUGAUUACUACUCUGACUUGUGGCAAGCUCCUUCUGAAGAUUAUGAUUUUUAUUCACAGAUCACAUGAGUUAUUGAUAUGGAUUGCCAUUUCGGAAGAUAAAAUAUAAGUGCAGUUAGUAAAACUCGUUUUCGGCACAGACACUUCGAAAUGUAUAUACUAUCAGUCGAUCGAUCAUUUAGCAAAGGACGAGUUCCGGAAUUUCCUAUUGGAGUUAUACAUAUUGAAACAAUGAAUUUAGAAGUUAUCGAAAAUACGAGACAUGCGGAACAAUUCUUUUAGAAAAAAAUAAAGUUUGCGAAACACUAAA